AUGAGCUUCAGCCAUGCCAUCUGUGGCUCGCAGAAGGGGCUUGCUUUGUCUGUGGUGGGAAAGAAGCUUGUGGCUAGGAGGCGAAGGGGGGUGGUCAUGAAUCUUUCCCAGAUCCCUGAGGCACGGGGUCUGUACGAUCCUGCAAUGGACAAGGACGCGUGCGGAGUCGGGUUUGUUGCUGAAUUGACGAGCAAGCCGACACGCAAGACGGUUGCCGAUGCUCUGGAGAUGCUAGUGCGCAUGGCCCACAGGGGUGCCUGUGGUUGUGAGGCCAAUACUGGGGAUGGUGCUGGUAUCCUUGUUGGGAUGCCGCAUGACUUCUUUGCAAAGCGUGCGGGCCCGGAUCUUGGGCUGGACAAGCUGCCUCCCAAGGGAGAGUACGGGGUGGGCAUGUUGUUCCUGCCCACAAACGAAGAGCGACGGGCCAAGGUCAAGAGCAUCUUUGAGCAGUGCGCGGCACAGCGGGGCCAUGACAUCUUGGGCUGGCGCUCAGUGAAGACCGACAACUCUGAUCUGGGCAAGGGUGCCCUGGAUACCGAGCCCGUUAUUGAGCAGGUCUUCAUGUCACCGUCCAGCAAGUCAGAGGCCAACUUUGAGAGUCAGCUGUACAUCCUGCGGAGGCUGGUGUCGCGCGAGAACCGUGCAGAGUUGGAGCGGGCACUCGGCGCGGGCGCCAAGCGCGACUGGUACAUCUGCUCGAUGUCCAGCCAGACCGUUGUGUAUAAGGGCCAGCUGACCCCUGCGCAGCUCAAGGGGUACUAUUACAAGGACCUGGGCAGCUCCGACUUCACGUCCUACAUGGCCCUGGUGCACUCGCGCUUCUCCACCAACACGUUCCCCAGCUGGGACCGUGCGCAGCCCAUGCGUGUGUUGGGCCACAACGGAGAAAUCAACACCCUCAGGGGCAACGUCAACUGGGUGCGCGCUCGCGAGGGCCUCAUUAAGUGCACCCACUUGGGCCUCAACGAGGAGGAGCUCAACCUUCUGCUGCCCAUCGUGGACGCGGACUCGUCCGACUCCGGCGCCUUCGACGGCGUGCUGGAGCUGCUCAUCCGCUCGGGGCGCUCCCUGCCGGAAGCCAUGAUGAUGAUGAUCCCCGAGGCCUGGCAGAACGAUUCCAACAUGGAUCCAGCGCGGCGGGCGCUCUACCAGUACCACUCCGCGCUCAUGGAGCCUUGGGAUGGGCCCGCGCUGAUCUCCUUCACAGAUGGGCACUUCUUGGGCGCAACGCUGGAUCGCAACGGGCUGCGCCCUGGGCGGUACUACGUGACGCACAGCGGGCGUGUCAUCAUGGCGUCGGAGGUGGGGGUCGUCGACGUUCCCGAUGAUGACGUGGAGCGUAAGGGCCGGCUGAGCCCCGGAAUGAUGCUCCUGGUGGACUUCGAGAAGGGCAUCCUGGUGGACGAUUCGGAGCUGAAGCGCACCUUCUCCCAGGCCCGCCCGUACGAGGAGUGGCUGGACCGCCAGCUCAUGACGCUCGACGGCGUCGUGCAGUCAGUGCCCGAGGAGGAGCGCCAGGCAGCGCCUAUCAUCGGCACACUCCCGGUGGACCCGGAGAAGGACCGCAGCAUGGAGAACAUGGGCGUGACCGGCAUCGUGUCCCCGCUCAAGGCGUUCGGCUACACGAUCGAGGCGCUCGAGAUGCUGCUGCUCCCGAUGGCAACCACCGGCGCGGAGGCGCUCGGCUCGAUGGGCAACGACGCGCCGCUGGCGUGCAUGAGCGAGCGGCCGAAGCUGUCGUACGAGUACUUCAAGCAGAUGUUUGCGCAGGUCACCAAUCCGCCCAUCGACCCCAUCCGUGAGGCGAUUGUGACGUCCACCGAGUGCAUGAUUGGACCGGAGGGUGACGUUACCGACACCACCGAGGAGCAGUGCCACCGUCUGAGCCUGCCUGGACCCCUGCUGACGCCCGAAGAGAUGGAGGCCCUGAAGAAGAUGGACCACCGCGGCUGGCGCACCCAGACCGUUGACAUCACGUUUCCCAAGUCGGAGGGAGCCGCCGGCCUCGAGAACGCACUCGUGCGCAUCUGCGGGGAGGUGACGCAGGCGCUCGCAGAUGGGUACAAGAUGCUCGUGCUCUCAGACAGAGCCACGUCCCCGUCCCGCGUUCCCGUGAGCGCGCUCCUCGCGGUCGGCGCGGUGCACCACCACCUGGUUUCCACGCGGCAGCGCACCAAGAUCGGGCUCGCCAUCGAGACCGGCGAGGCGCGCGAAGUGCACCACUUCUGCACGCUCGUCGGCUAUGGCGCUGACGCGAUCUGCCCGUACCUCGCGAUUGAGGCGAUCUGGCGGCUGCAGAUCGACGGGAAGGUGCCGCCGACGAAGGACGGGAAGCUGCGGACCAAGGACGAGCUGACGCGGACGUUCUUCAAGGCGUCCAACAGCGGCGUGCUCAAGGUGCUGGCUAAGAUGGGCAUCAGCACGCUGGCCAGUUACAAGGGCGCGCAGAUCUUCGAGGCGCUGGGCCUGUCAGGCGAGGUCGUCGAGCGGUGCUUCAAGGGCACGCCUAGCCGCGUCCAGGGCUCCACGUUCCUCAACCUGGGGGAAGACACACUCAGGCUGCACGACUUAGCCUUCCCCCCCCGCCGCCUCGCCCCGGAGGGCAGCGCAGAGGCGCACGCGCUGCCAAAUCCAGGCGACUUCCACUACCGCAAGGACGGCGAGGUCCAUUUGAACGACCCUACCGCGAUUGCGAAGCUGCAGGAGGCGAGCAGCACCAACAGCCGCGUAGUCUACGCCGAGUUCGCCAAGAUGACGCACGAGCUCAACAAGAAGGUCAACCUGCGCGGCAUGCUGCGCUUCAAGACCGCGCCUGACGGGCCCAUCCCGCUCGAGGAGGUCGAGCCCGCGUCAGAGAUCGUCAAGCGCUUCUGCACCGGCGCCAUGAGCUACGGUUCCAUUUCGCUCGAAGCCCACACCACUCUAGCGGAAGCCAUGAACAAGAUCGGCGGAAAGUCCAACACCGGCGAGGGGGGGGAGAACCCCGGCCGUUUGGAGCCCCUCGCCGAUGGCAGCCAGAACCCGCAGCGGAGCGCCAUCAAGCAAGUUGCCAGCGGUCGGUUUGGCGUGACCAGUUACUACCUAACCAACGCGGAUGAGCUGCAGAUCAAGAUGGCGCAGGGGGCCAAGCCAGGCGAGGGCGGCGAGCUCCCCGGUCACAAGGUCAUUGGCGACAUCGCCGUGACUCGUCACUCCACCCCCGGCGUGGGCCUCAUCAGCCCACCCCCCCAUCACGACAUUUACUCCAUCGAAGAUCUGGCGCAGCUCAUCUACGAUCUCAAGAAUAGCAACCCGAGCGCGCGGGUCAGCGUCAAGCUGGUUUCGGAGGCGGGAGUGGGAGUCAUCGCGUCGGGAGUGGUCAAGGGCCACGCUGACCACGUGCUCAUUUCCGGUCACGACGGCGGCACCGGCGCCUCCCGCUGGACCGGCAUCAAGAACGCGGGGCUCCCCUGGGAGCUCGGUCUCGCGGAAACGCACCAGACCCUCGUUGCGAACGAUCUCCGCGGCCGCACUGUCCUCCAAACCGACGGGCAGCUCAAGACCGGGCGUGACAUCAUGGUCGCGGCGCUCCUCGGCGCGGAAGAGUACGGGUUCAGCACCGCCCCGCUGAUGACGAUCGGUUGCAUCAUGAUGAGGAAGUGCCACAAGAACACGUGCCCCGUCGGGAUUGCAACGCAGGACCCGGUGCUGCGUGAGAAGUUUGCGGGCGAGCCCGAGAACGUGGUUAACUACUUUUUCAUGGUCGCGGAGGAGGCGCGCGAGUACAUGGCGAGCAUGGGCUUCCGCAACAUCGACGAGAUGGUCGGGCGCGCCGACAUGCUCGAGGUCGAUCCUGACGUCGUCAAUGCGCGCAACAAGCUGUCCCACCUGGACCUCUCCCCCAUCCUGCUCCCUGCGUCCACUCUUCGCCCGGGCGCCGCACAGCGGUGCGUUCAGAAGCAGGACCACGAGCUGAACAUGGCGCUCGACAACGAGCUUAUCGAGCAGGCUAGGCCGGCGCUUGACAAGGGCAUGCGGGUCUACUGCGAGGCGGAGGUGGUCAACGUUAACCGUGCGGUUGGGACCAUGCUCAGUCAUGAGGUGACCAAGAUUUACAAGCGCGAGGGCCUCCCCGCCGACACGAUCCACGUCAAGCUGACCGGCAGCGCGGGACAGUCCCUGGGCGCGUUCAUGUGCGCGGGGAUCACCCUGGAACUAGAGGGGGACAGCAACGACUACGUUGGUAAAGGUCUGUCCGGAGGAAAGGUCAUCGUGUACCCCCCCCGCAAGAGCACGUUCAAGGCGGAGGAGAACAUUGUGAUUGGCAACGUGGCGCUGUACGGUGCGACGUCGGGCGAGUGCUACAUCAACGGAAUGGCUGCGGAGCGCUUCUGCGUCCGCAACUCUGGCGCCAAGGCCGUUGUCGAGGGCGUGGGCGACCACUGCUGCGAGUACAUGACCGGCGGAGUGACCGUCGUUCUGGGCGGAACGGGGCGGAACUUCGGCGCCGGAAUGAGCGGCGGAGUGGCCUACGUUCUGGACAUCGAGAAGGGGUUCAAGCAGAAGUGCAACCGGGGGACGGUGGACCUGGAGAAGGUGACGGACGAGGAGGACAAGCUGGAGCUCAAGUUCCUCAUCCAGCAGCACCGGCGGCACACCAACUCCCGCCUCGCCAAGUGGGUGCUGGCCAACUUCGAGCAGCUGCUCCCCAAGUUCCACAAGGUCAUGCCCCGCGACUACAAGGCGGUCCUGGAAGCCAACAAGGCCGCCAAGCGCGAAGCCGAGGAGAAGGCCGCGGAAGCGGAGCGGCUGCAAAAGGCGGACGCUUUCGCGGAGCUGCAGAAGCUGGCGCAGGAUGCGGCUGCUAACGGGGUGUCGCCGCAAGUCGAGGAGAAGCACGUCGAGCUGCUGAACGGGCAGCCCAAGCGCCCGACGCGCCUCGCCGACGCGGUGAAGAACCGUGGCUUCGUCAUGUACGAGCGCGAGGCGCUGCCGUACCGGCCCGCGGAGGAGCGCGUGAAGGACUGGAAGGAGGUUUUGGCAGGCGAGAGGCAGGACGAUCUGCUGAAGGCGCAGUCUGCGCGGUGCAUGGACUGCGGGACGCCGUUCUGCCACCAGGAGACGAGCGGGUGCCCGCUUGGGAACAAGAUCCCCGAGUGGAAUGAGCUGGUGCAUCAGGGCCGCUGGCGUGAGGCCCUCGACCGGCUGCUCGAGACCAACAACUUCCCCGAGUUCACCGGCCGCGUCUGCCCCGCCCCGUGCGAGGGCGCCUGCGUUCUUGGCAUCAUAGAAAACCCGGUUACCAUCAAAACUAUGGAGUGCACCAUUAUCGAUAAGGCAUUCGAGAACGGGUGGAUGGUCCCCCGACCCCCCGCGCAGCGCACCGGGAAGAAAGUGGCGGUCGUUGGGAGCGGUCCGGCGGGCAUGGCGGCGGCGGAUCAGCUGAACAAGGCGGGGCAUAGCGUGACGGUGUAUGAGCGUGCGGACCGGAUCGGGGGGCUCAUGAUGUACGGCGUGCCCAACAUGAAGACGGACAAGGUCGAGGUCGUCGAGCGCCGCGUGAACCUGAUGCGCGAGGAGGGCAUUGAGUUCGUGACCAGCGCGCACGUGGGCGUGGACGGCAACUUCCCCAUCGAGAAGCUGCGCGCGGAGCACGACUCCGUCGUGCUCGCGCUGGGCGCGACCAAGCCACGUGACCUGCCGGUGCCGGGGCGGGAGCUCGCGGGCGUGCACUACGCGAUGGAGUUCUUGACCGCCAACACCAAGUCGCUGCUGGACAGCAACCUCGAGGACGGCAACUACAUCUCCGCCAAGGACAAGGCCGUCAUCGUCAUCGGCGGUGGCGACACGGGCACCGACUGCAUCGGCACUUCGCUCCGCCACGGCUGCAAGUCGUUGGUCAACCUAGAGCUUCUCCCUCAGCCCCCGGAAACGCGGGCGCCGGGAAACCCGUGGCCGCAAUGGCCCCGCGUUUUCCGGGUGGAUUACGGCCACGCGGAGGCGGCGCACAAGCUUGGGAAGGACCCGCGGCAGUACGAGGUGCUGACCAAGGAGUUCAUCGGGGACGGGGAGGGGAACGUCAAGGGGAUCAAGACCGUACAGGUCAAGUGGGCCAAGGACGAGUCGGGCCGCUUCAAGAUGGAGGAGGUCGCCGGCAGCGAGGAAGUUCUGGACGCCGAUCUAGUUCUCCUGGCCAUGGGCUUCCUCGGCCCCGAGCAGAACCUCGCCCAGAAGCUGGGCCUAGAAACCGACCCCCGGUCAAACGUCAAAGCCGAGUACGGCCGAUUCAACACCAACGUCGAGGGCGUCUUUGCGGCAGGGGAUUGCCGCCGGGGGCAAUCAUUGGUCGUGUGGGCGAUCAACGAGGGACGCUUGGCGGCGGCAGAGGUUGACAAGUGGCUCAUGAAGGACGUGGCGCUGCCCAAGCCGGAGGAGCUCGAGGCGUUGCUCCCGGGGGGCGGGAAUGGCGCGUCAACCAACGGCCGCCACGUGGAAUCGUUCCCAGCGGGGCUGGAGAAGGCCAAGGAGGAGGCGGCGGAUGCUUGCCUCGCAGUCCAGGACGAGAACGCUCCCGCAUCCGUGCUGCAGAAGUGCAUCGACCUCAGUGUGGAGGCCGCGGCGCUCAGCGACCGCACCAUCACCACGGAGCAGAGCUUCUGAGUGACGUCAGAGAGGGGUGUCUGAUGACGUCAGCGCGUCGAUUUUCAGGGCAGGUGGUCUGAUGACGUCACGCAGUGUUUUGAGUGACGACACGGGGAACGGGUGCGGGAGGGCCUGUGUGUGACAGAAACGCAUACGAGGAUUUCUUGUGGGGCAAGCGCAAGCAUGCCCACAGAUGUGCUGUUUGGGACUGUCGAGAACUUCCAUACUAUUACAUAUCCACCUGUUAUGUCAGUUCCUAUAGAAAGCUCCUCAGAACCGCUUCCAAGACGGGGCUUGGAAGGUUGCAUAUUUGCUAUUGAAUUGCCUGGUGCUAGGUUCUAGGUCGCCUUGUAGUCUGCUGUUAUAUACAGACAGAAUUGGUUAGUUGACGCAGUCUGAGCAGGAUUUGAAGGUUUGUGCACUCCUUGUAGUGUUCCAGAACGUGCUCUGGCUAGCAUGUAAAGUAAUCUUAGUUGAGAAAUAUAUUCUGUGUCUAC